AUGGGAAGGAAAGCAUGGUUGAAGCUUAUAUUAGUGUUCUCAGUCCUGUAUUCAUUCCUUAUAUCCCCCGUAGCACAAGGCCUCGUGAACGCGGCCGUAAUGUCGCUUGGACCACCAGUCGGUGUGUGGAUUGGCAUGGGCACGUAUGGAGCCUUUAUACUCAUUCCAAUUAUCUAUUUGUGUGUGCUACUGAGAUUCUGCCGCUCCAAGACAGGGAAAUGUUUACUCGACAAAAUUUGGAAGAAGAAGGAGAAGGAGGAAGCUCCGACAGAAACGAAAAACAACGAAGGAGAAGUAAAUAAGAAACCGGAGACACUCGGGAAGCAGAAUAUACCUGGAAAACCAGAAGUACCUAACAAGCAGGAAGCAUCUGGGAUAUUAGAGGUACCUAAGAAACCAGAAGUACCUGAGAAGCACGAAGCACCGGGCACAGCAGGAGAAUCCGAAAAACUGGAAGCACCUAAGAAACCAGAAGUACCUAAAAAGCAGGAAGCAUCUGGGAUAUUAGAGGUACCUAAGAAAACAGAAGUACCUGAGAAGCAGGGAGCAUCUGCAAAAUUAGAUGCACCUAAGAAACCGGAAGCACCUAAGAAACAGGAAACACCUAAGAAACAGGAAGCAGCUGAGAAGCAAAAAGCACCGGGGAAGCUGAAACUACCGUGGUCACUGAAAUUACCUAAAAAACCAUAA